AAGCGAGCGGUCCAGGAUGGAGGAGGCGGGAUCUCUUGCCUCAUUCAGUGUCUGAAUGAAAGGUGCUCACUGAGGGCUUGUCUACACUACCCACCGGAUCAGGCGGGCAGCGAUCAAUCCAACGGGGGUCAAUUUAUGGCAUCUAGUAUAGGACGCAAUAAAUCGACCGCUGAGCACUCUCCCGUCCACUCCGGUAGGCCACCAGAACGAGAAGCGUCAGCAGUCGUCUUACCACAGUGAAGACACCGCAGUGAGUAGAUCUAAGUAUGUCGACUUCAGCUACGCUAUUCAUGUAGCUGAAGUUGCAUAUCUUAGAUCGACCCUGCGCGGUAGUGUAGACAAGCCCUGAGUGAGUAGCUAUUUAAUGCUCUUUGUCCUUAAUUGGUGUGUGAUCCCAGGCUUUGUAUUCAGGGCUGGGUUUCGAUGGUCAGUAAGCAGAACUAAUCUUGUGGAGCGAGCCCAGGGGAAGUCUUUUUAUUUUUGGUUUUAGUUUUUGGGAAUUCCUUGUUGUUUCAUUUGAUCCAGAUGUGGCAGCGGGGGAGGGGGUUGGUUACAGGUUCUUCCCUAGGUGGUGGGAGCUGGUUGUGAGCCAGCUCACCCAACCCUCGACCAGCAGCAGCAGCUCUAGGGCUCCUGUCCGCUGGGGCUGGGCCUGGCUCCUCACUCUCGGUGUUGCGACCUGGCACACAGGCUUGCAGCACCGCUCAGGUCUGGUGGAGGAGCAGCCAGGUUGCAAGACCAGUCACUCGAAGUUGGACCUUUUAGGGGUGCCCCUUUGCCAUGCAAGGAGGAGGCUGGGCCAAGCCUGAGUGUGAUGCUGUGACCUUAUGUACCAGGUCGCAAUGCCCAGUCAGGACAGGAGCUCUAGAAUGGCUGUUGCUAGUUGAGGUUUUCAUUUUAUUUCACGUUGUUUCACUUUUGGGAAAAGAUGAAUUUCUCUUCACAACGCACCUGUGAGAUUAGACUGUGGUAUUCCCAGUUCAUAGAUCGGGAACGACGGCACCGAACCUCAGAGAAUUUAGCUACCUAACUCUCAGUUAAAUCAGGGGGUGUUCAGAUGCCUAGACCUUUGAGGAUCUGAGUCCGAGAGAGUAAGGAAAAUAUUGUUCAACGUUUCCACUAGUUUUGGAUGCCCAGUCGGAGAUUCCUAGUUUCCUUCAGUGCUUUGCAUGGAGCAUAAAGGGUUAAAAAGUUGCUCUGGGGCAGAGCGGGGCAGGUGAGGGGGGUUGCAUGAAUGGGUUGAUAGGACUGGCUGGAAACCACCCAGGAUCCACAAGACAGUGGAAUCCCCAGUGGCCAGGAGGGAGGUUUUUCCCCAUCUCUCUGCAGGGAAGCAGAGCAAAGGUGCCAGGUGGAGAACAAAGGGGAGAGGGGUCAGGUGACUGGGCUAAGUUGGCCUUUGGAGACAGGCACCUGGCUGGAACUAAGGACAAAGGGAGAGAGCCAAGAUGGUUUCAAGGGAGCCCUGGCCUGGAUUUGGCCGGGCUGAACUCUGCCUUCACCUUUGCCCCUCUGCUAUCAGGAUCUGAAGCCAGGUGACCAAUAAAGUGUUACCUUGUUUUGGGAGGGCUGCCUGCUGUGAGUGCAGAUACUGACUGCAGGGAGCAUGAUGCCAUGAAGGGGCCCUGCAGGCAUCUGGCUGGGGAUUCACUGUAGGGACCCACAGAGAGAGAGAGGGAUCGCUGGGGCUGAAGGGCCAGUUUCAGAGCCUUGACGGCUACAGACCUGACCCAGUGGAACUGUGGGUCCUUGGGACCUGGCACACUAAGGGGACUGGUUACACGCUGGGGUAUAGACUAGGCUCUGGGGCUGGGACAGGUGCCUAGACCUUUGAAGAUCUGAGCCCGAGCGAUUAAGGCAAAAAUUGUCAAAAGCUUCCCCUAGUUUUGGAUGCUUGAUUUGAGAUGCCUGGAGGCUGAGAAGCUUAGCAUUUUAUAACACUUCAGAUGUUCAAAGCACAGCUCUGAUUGACUUCAGUUGCCAUCAUGAGCACUUCUGCAGAUCAGACCCCAGGUCUCAAGUCAGACAUCCAGAAAAUGAGAACACACUGAAAAGUUUGGUAUAAGUGACUUGCCCAGCAUUGCCCAGGAACUACAUGGCAGAGGCAGGGACAGACUCCAGUUUUCCAGGACAGCAUUCAAUUGCCUUCGCCACAAGAACAUUCUUUCUCUUCCUGUUUUCCCCUGCCUCAUUCACUGCACACUUUCCUGGUGGGGUGGAAUGCCCUUGUUGGCAUGUGCCCAUCGGUGAAGGGUAUUUACAAAUAAUUGUGUAAAGAGGGGGAGGGAUGGAUACACACUUCCUGCUUCGGCAAGAAAUGCGCCCUAAAGACAACAGCAUCCUUCACUACGCAGACAUGAUUCAUUCCCACAGCCCCAUCCAUCCUGUACACUGAUUGAGGGUCAGGGGUCCCGUGGGUAAUGUAGUAUGUGAUCAAGUAAUUAAAGAUUGUAUUGUAAAUACAUGCACAUGGAGUCAAUUUAAGGAUGCCCUUGUAACCUUAACUCUGGCAUUUCCUAUCUUUUGAGUGCUCAGCUUUGCAAUCUCAGCAUUCUUCUAGUGUAGAUUUUUGUUAAUGUAACCACCUGACCUUUUUUUUAAAAGCAAAGUGAAAAAACAAAUUCCAUUGUGUGGAAUCAUAUUGGCCCCUGACACCUUUAGAUCCCAGCACAGUCCUCUCCCCGUGGAGGUCAGACUACAUGAUCAUACUACUUCCCUUCUGGUCUUAACAUCUCUGACUCCACCACUCAGGCUAGCGGAGGAACUGUCUGUGUGUGUCUGCUACUAGGUGGGGUGGGACGGGACACGUGCUUUGUCAGUGGAUUGCACAUCUGUUGGCUUGCGUCAGAGGAAUGCUGAUGGUCACGAAUCCAGAAUUCCAUUCUGGGCUGUGGAGAGGAGCAUGUCUAGUGGUUAUAGACCCUUCUGCCCCUGCCUGUCCCUGUCUCCUAGCAUGUACCUGUCUGUCUCUUCUCCCACCGCACACACAGCCUGUCUCUCCUUCCCCCCCUCCCCAAAUAAAAACAGUUGAAGUUUGCAAAGUUAGGAGCAACUGAAAAGGGGCAGCUAGUGGGAAGCAUUAGGCAGCCUUAGCUAGACUGCGCUACCUGAGUGGGGACAGUGGGAAGGGAGUCGAACGGGGAGGGUGAUGCGAACAAAUAGGCUCAGAGAUCUAGGCCUGUUGGGCUCAGCAUCCCUCUAACUCGGCUGAACCCUGCACUUACUGCCCAGGUGCAUGGGGGUGUCUCCAGGACCUACCUCCCUGGGGCAUUAAUGUUGUGCCCUGUGGGCCGGGCCCAACCCGGAGAGAGUCCCUGUUGGGUGGGAAGCUGAGGGCCUGCCGUGCUCCUGAGCACUGUCUGGGAGGGUGUGUGCCUAGGAUACUGGCUCCCAGGGCUCAUUGCUGCUGUUUUGUCCCUCUGCAGUUUGGUAAUCCUGCUGUGCCCAGCACUGCCCAGCUGCCAUGGCUCUGAUUGAGGGCGUGGGGGACGAAGUCACCAUCCUCUUUGCCCUGCUGCUCAUCCUGCUGGUGCUGGCGCUUGCAUGGGUCUCUACGCACACCUCAGAGCGGGGAGACCAGGUCUUUGCUGCUUCCCCCCCUCUGGCAGCUGGGCAGCUUGGGACAGAGAGCCUGCUGGAGGAUGGGCCGAGGGAAACAAGCAUGCAAACCCCAGCGGCAGGGGAGCCCAAGGAAGAAGCGGAGUCUUCAGCAGGUGCCAUGCCAGAUGGGCCUGACGGUAUUGCUCCAGGGCUGAGGCACCGGGCCAGCCCUGGAUCUCCACAGUACCCCCUGCAGCCCCCUGGAGACAUAGGUGCCAGCCCCGAGGCUACAGACAGUAGCCCCACGGACCGCACCAUAGUGUUAAGGCUGAAGUUCCUGAACGACACGGAGCGCCUGGCCACUGUGUGCCCAGAGGACACCGUCGGCUCUCUGAAGAGGGCCCAUUUCCCAGGCCAGGAGCACCAGGUGCGUCUGAUCUACCAGGGCCAGCUGCUGCGGGACGAUGCUCAGAGCCUGGCUGCGUUGCACCUCACCCACAACAGCGUUCUGCACUGCCAUGUCUCCCAGCAUGGCCCAGCCCCCAUGGCCGCUGGCCUCCGGGCCACUGCUGACCCUGUGCACACAGCCCUCAACGUGGGCAGCCUGAUGCUGCCGCUGUUUGUGCUUAUGCUGGCUGUGCUGUGGUACUUCCAGCUGCAAUACCGGCAUGUCUUCACCGCCACCGCCACCUCCUGCCUGGCUGGCCUCACCCUGCUCUUCAGCUUCAUGGCCUUCGCUCUGUACCGCAGAUAACGCUGCCCACGGAGCCUCCGAACCCCGCCAGCCGGGAGAACCCAUGCCAUUCUGGGCAGAGCCCGCCGGCCCGGGCCACUGGGCUGUACUGCUCAGCCGUUUUGGUGGGGCUGAUGACAGAGACCCCCCCAAGUCCACAGGGACCCAAGUCUGCUGUUGUAGCAUGAGUCCUGAUGCCCAGCAGGAGGGCAGGGGCAGUGACUGUGGCCCCUAUUUCCGAGUCCCAUACCCCCCACUCCACCUGGUGGCUGAGAGGAGGGAUGCUGCAGUCCAGUGAGGUUACCCCCUCCCACAAUGGCACUCAGGGGUGGUUUUUGUCAGGGUGGGAGUCAGAUCCUUAAUUGUUACAAGGGGGCAGUUUCUUCCUGCCUCUGAGGAAGGAGAGGGGACUUCUUGGUUAUAAGGAUCAAGCAGCUCUGCAGGACAGGCUAGGGUCUCCUCCUGAACCGGUUCCUCUGCCAGCACCUGCCGCUGAGGAGUUGUGCUGUGCAAAUAGGGAAUCUGCCCAGACUCCACUUGCCCCCCCAUCUGCUCUUUGCACGUGCUUGUGCACAGACUGGGCCCUCGUGCUCAAUGCUUGUUCACCCACACACUGGCAUACAGUCCAGGUGCUGUUGCGUGCCCUUCUUUCCCCUGCACACUCCAGUGUGCGCCCGCUCUCUCUCUCUCUCACACACACAUACACACACGCACUCUCUCUCGUUCUCACACUUUCCUUGCUGUGUGGAGUCCUGGACCUCCUGCUGUCCUUGCACCUUGGUGAUCAAUUAGCCCAUGGCUGCACGGGGGAGCAGUGCCUCCAAGAAGGGGAGAGCCCUGAAGGCAGAGCUCUUCACCCCCUGGGCCCUCUGGCUGGGCCCACAGCUGAUGCCUGAGUGGAGGUGGGGGGACACUGCAGCUCAUGCAGGGGCUGACUGCAUGGUCUGGCCCUUUGGGGAGGGGGCCCAGCUGGCAGGGCACUGCCUGUCCUGCCCCCUAGGGUUCCUGGGGGGUGAUGGGGCCUGGUUCAGUGGAGCAUGUUUCUCAUUAAUGCUUCUUUUAAAAUUAAAACCCAUGAAUGACUAAAA